AUGCAUGUGGAGUUUCGCAUUUCCUCUAUUGAAGGCAUGUGCGCCUUCGACGCCGAGAGUUUCAUCCGCAUGCACCAUCUAAAGCACCGUUCUGGACAAGAGGCAAGCCCACAGCAAGCACUCGUGAAACUCCCAGGAGGAGUUAAAAGCAGUGAGAAAAGUUUUCGACCGCAUGUAAAAAUACAGUUUGUCUUUGAGAAUACCGUCUGCAUAGAGAGCUCGGAGAUUAUAGGCGAUGUAGAGCGUCAUCAGCAUGAAAAACAGAUUAGGACAAACUGGGACGCAAGUGAGAUACGCACAAAGCGGUAUCGCAGUCGUAUUGGGGAUGUCAUUGUCGCGUCGUUACCCUUGUUCAUUGCCGAGCGGAAUGUAAAGAUACGUCUUGUGCAGCUCGCACCCACACUUACCACGGAGGAAAUCAGACUUGUAAAGGCUUCCUAUCCUUCAUACUUUGAUCUGCAGGACACUGGUCUUUGCAUUGGGAUCGCGAAGGUCAGUCUGCGAGAAUUACUCAUAACCAAUAGCGGUGUCUGCGUGACGUUGCAGCCUAAGCAGAGCAUGGUUGCAGCUGUGGAAGCGCUGAACCUCAAUACUGUAGCGACAAACAGUAUGUUUGGAAAGGAUGUUGGUGGAAGUGCAGUGUUGACUUUCCAGAUUUUUGGUGUUGUUUUUAACCAGAAAACGUUUCCAUCUCUCCUUUGCGGUGGUAGGCGAGACAUGAGUGCUGUGUCAAGAUUGAUGUCGUCGAGCAACAACAAUGACGGGAAUAAUGACUGGAAUGUAGAAGAGUACAACGGCGCCGGAACCGAAAAGGCUGUGGAAAAACUUGUUGAACUGCGACAGCAGAUGGAUUCAUCGGCGGUACGCUAUGUACUUAUACCCUACAUGGUGCUGAUCGACACGGUGCUCCGCAUAAAUGAGGCUCUCUCGUGGCGUUACCCCAUGAAAACCCUACUGCUGCUUUGUAUAGUUUGUAUCAAUCUUAUUGCAGAUAUUGCAGAGAUGGGGCUAAUGCUUGGUCUUGUUGUGGAGGUAGUGACAGCGCUGCGAAUGACGAUAUUGUUUUACCGUCUGCCAUCCCAUGUGAGCCGAUCCACAGAUACCGUGGUUUCUUUUGCGAGGCGACGGGACAAUCUCCAGGCGGUGCUGUACGGCUCCCACAAUUACAUCAUCAACAGCAUGGUGCGCGCCCGACUAUUCUUCUUGCAGGGUCUUCAGUCUGAUUCAUACCUUGAACUUGCCUUCAUCUUUCAUCGUGUGCGGCGGGCCAAGCGAACAAUUCUGCCCUGUUUGACUGCGGUGCUUCUCUCAUUAACUGUUCUUUCACUGGAGACGCUGAUGAUACUCUUCUUGAUGGCAGCUUUUCUGGUGCACCCGUUAAUGUUGCGUGUCUCCUUUGCACACUUGCGUAAAACUUGGAGUCGUCAGCUGGCAGCGGGUACUCUGUGGAAGGCCCUUGAUCUGUCCCGCUCCAUGCGAGUAUCACGGGUGGUACAAGUCACAGAUACGAUACAACAACAGAGUACGAGACAGGAGACAACGCUACCUGGGACAUUUUUUUCUCCAAGUCCAUCCCGCAGCGUUGCAAAUUAUUCGGUUCCCCCAAUUCCCUGCCUCACGACAUUGGAGGAUCCUAGACACCGCCGCGGAAUGUCGAUGAACCUAUCGCCGGAUAUUCCAGUUGGAUACAUUCGACACACCGAAGAAACUAGCUCCGCCCCAAACGUAGAUUCACAAGGAUCAAGGCUGCUGAACAGCGGUGGUGAGGCCGAUAGCUUUAGUGCUCCUUUUAUAAAUAGUAACAUCACGCAGACAGCUCCAUUUUCGUCGAGGCUACGAAGUCGUACAUACAGUGAAACAGUAAAAUAUGAAUCACAACAAAAAUCUUUAUUGACUUUUGCUGUUAUUAUCAUCGCAGGAGAUGCUUCAUCGGUUAAUAACAGUAAAAACAGUACCUCUAACAACGGCACUGGGAAUGGUCACCUUCUACAGAAAUUCCGGCGCAUCCUGCAGCGUGCGAAGGCUUUGGAUCGUCCACCACAGACAAGUUUGCUUCGAGAGCAAUACAAUUCUUACUUUGGUGGUGUUUUGGCGUUUCUGGAGUUUCUGCGGCGCCACUGCGCAAUGGAAACGUACGUGACACCACUUCCAUCCUCAUCCUCAUCCUUAUCUUCCCCAUCCCUGUCCUCGAGCACAGGAGGCGCAAUGAAAUUGGAGCAAUUGGUUCAUCCCUCGUGGCUGGUCGAGAAAGGGGAAGACGAUGGCAUCACUUCCACACUGCUGGUGCAUUCUCUGCACCAAGUAGUAUUGGGGAAACUAGAGGCGGUACACCAUAUAGAUAGUAGUGCGCGUGCGUUUGCGUUGCUGGCUGCAUACUUGCUUCAAGGGUCCCGCCUAUCGCUGUAUAACAGACCAGGUAACCGGGGAUGCAGCAUCAUUAUCCCGCUCAAGCUGGGAUCCUAUGAUAUUGAAAUGGUAGCCACGCCACAUCCUUGCCCCCUAUCGCUGCAAAAGGCACUCGUGGGGUACUGGAAAGGGCUGACAGAGAGCGAGCCACCAAUCAAUAUCAAUACAGACGUCAUUUUUAACAUCAUCGCAACGUGUAAGGAUUCAUGGGGAAAUGAUACUGAUACGUCGAGCGGGAUGCAGGAGUAUCAACAAUUGAUUUCAACACCACAAUACGAGGGCGAAAGUGCAAGAGACACGUCAAAACGACUUCUACAGACUUUUGGCACGCCUACAUUCCCAUUCAGGCGACUGCGGUCGGGUAACAUGUUUGUCACGAAUCCUGAGAAAUCAUCCGGGCGUACUGUGUUGUCGCCAUCGGAUGCGGAUGGACCCGCACCGUUGUUUCGACAACCACCCAAGCCAAACAUGCAAAGCGAUUUCCCGUUGGGGGGCUCGCGGAACUACCACCGCGCCACACAGUCAUGGACAUACAACCCAAUUGCAUUGCACAAACAAAGUCAGCAGGUUGUCUCGGUCCCACGCCUUGGUAUGAGCUAUUCUUUUACGGUAGAUGAACCGUCCGGACCGCCACUGCUCAGUAAAACACGAUCGGAAACUGAGAGUGCCCAGCGGACGGAGUCCUUGGCGGGUACACCGCCAACGAAAUGA